AUGAGGAGAUCAAGCUUCUACAGGGAGAGAAAAAGAGCGAGAAUAGCGUUGAUGGUGAAGACAAUGGGAGGCUUUGAUGGUGAAGGCCACGAAAGAGAAUCGGUCUUUGGGUGGAAGUUGUUGUGGCAAAGGGAAGAAGAGACGUGCUGGUAUGGUGGUGGUGGUCGCGGGAUGGGUGACCUCUUCGGUUUUUUUUUGAACCCCCUGAGAUUUUUAUUUUGCACCUUGAACCCCACUGGCACUUACUCCUCUCUCUGUCACAGUCUCACACGUACUCCCAGCGACACAGCCUCACCCUCUUUCUCUCGCAGUCUGGCAUGUCUCUACCCUAGGUCAAGCCGUCAAACACACGCACCAGCCACCGCCCACCAGUGCACUACCGUCCACCGGCGAAGCGGCCACCACCACCAGCCUCACCUCUUUCUCUCGCAGUCUCUGUCUCACUACUCUGCCUCUCUAUCUCUAUCAGAGGGUUACUGGGUGGGUAAGUUUAUUGAGGAAGCAUUGGAAUUGUUGGAUAGUUACAUGGAGUCGUGUUGUGCUUUUAGCAGGGUGUUGGGUGCUAGUUUGGUGUUUAGUUGGUUAGUAGGGGCUGUUGUGUUUCUCUUUGGAUCGUUGCUGGUUUAUCUAGGGUUGAAGCAAACUGUUUAUGUUAAUGUGAUUGUGCUAUGUAAGUGCUGUUUGGACAACACAAUCUUGACCUUUUAAUGUUACUUUGGCUUAUAAAAAAAAAGAUCUUCUGUGUUCUUUUAGUUGUUUUUUCUUAAAUUCAUUGAUGGCUGAAGUAUACAUGUAAGAUAAAUAUGUAAACAGCUCAUUGCAAAAUGUAUUUUAGUGUCAAAGAAAAAGUAUUCCGGGCCACCAAAA